CUCUGUAGCAUAGAUCUGCUAUUUCGAAAUAAAGUAUUUUGGAGUAUUUCUUCUGGAAUAGCUUAUUUUGAAAUAAGCGUGCAGUGUAGACUUACCCUAAGAGAGUCUGGGGGAAUGUCUGCUUUGUCUUCCCUUUCUUCCACAUCAGUAACAAGCAAGUACAAAGAGGGUGACCAAAGAGAAUAUAUUAGCAGGAUCCAACAACUGAGGAACAAGUAGACUUGCUUUAUUAUAACAUAUAUCGGAAAACCUAUUUUGUGAAUGUUAUAGUGUCUUGAAUCUAGUAAAUAUUGAUGAGCUGGCUCAUUCCUCAUGUGGUAAAACUUAGAGGAAGAGAUGAGGGUGGGAGGAAACCUGUAUUAGGCUCUCUUUACAAAGUUUCUCCCAUCGGGCUACAUUAGCCCUCCCUCUGCAAAAUGAGUCACAAACCCUACAGACCCCCAGAGAUCCCCUGUAGGCUACAGCCAUGUGUGGCUGUGCAUGCCCACAGUACUCUGGAAUCCUAGUUUCCUGUGUCUUGCUUUCUGGGCUCCUGACUGUGAUUCUCCUCACGACUCUUCAGGAAGAGGAGGCAGCUGCAUAAGCAAUGUAAUGCUUUCUCUGAUAAUCUCUGGCUAUGUUUACAUUGCAGGCUUCUUGCGCAAGAACAGCUGUUCUUGCGCAAAACUUGCAGAGCAUCUACACUGCACACGCAUUCUUGCACAAAUAAAUUUACAGUCAAGCGUCAGAAAACGGGGCUUCUUGUGCAAGAGCUCUGAUGCUUCGUAUGCAGAAGAAGCCUUCUUGAUCAAGCGGGCAGUGUGGACAGGCAGCCAAGAGAUUUUGCACAAGAACUGGCCUCCCAGGAAAAAACGCAGGUGGCUGCUUGGACACUACGUACCUGGAUUCAUAGCUCACUACUUCCUGCUUGCUGGACCCCCCCUCUUAAAGGCACACACAGGCUGCAGAUGCCGUGCGGCAGCAUCAGCACAGCCAGCAGCUCCACCAUGUGGCUCUGUCCUGCUGCACCCAGGGGUCCCAGGAUGUCUGCUCCAGAGGCACCCCGAGACCCUGCACCCGCCUCCCAGCAGCCACACCAGGGCUCCCAGCAGGCCCGGAGGGGCACUAAGCGGCACGCACCAUGCUGGUCUGGGGCUGAAGUCAAGGCUCUCCUGGACUUUUGGGCACAGGAGGAAUCCCUUCACAAUCCUGGUGCCCAUCACCGCAAGGCUGAUACCUUCAGCUGCAUGGUCCAGGUGCUCUCGGACCAGGGACAUCCAGCCUGGACCCUUGAACAAGUCCGGGCCAAGGUUAAGGAGCUGCGCCUGGGCUAUGUCCAGGCCACUGAGGGCAAAGGGGCAGGAGCCGACACCUGCCCCCACUAUGAGCACCUGCACACCAUCCUCAGCGAGACAGCAGUCCAAGGGUCCUCGCUGGCAGUGGACACCGUACUGCACACCCUCGUGGUCAGGCCACCUGGUCUGGAGGAAGAGGACAGCCUGACCACUGGCUCCAAGGACGAGGGAGAGGACCGCCCCAUCACCCUCCACCUCGAGCCAGUGCCCAGCAGCUGGGAUGCUUCCUGGGCCUUGUCUGAGGCCAGCAACCAAUCCUCUGCAGGACCAGCUGGGAGCGAGGGACCCUCCAGUCCUGCGGCGGUGGCAGCACCAACCACCCAGGCACCAGUCCAGUAGGCCAAGCAGUGUGACCAGCUCCUCUGGCGGCAAGUCCAGGCCAUGGAGAGGAUGGAGGCGGCAGUCACCACCAAGCUGCAGGCUGACCUGGAGUGGCGGCAGCAGGCAUGGGAGCAGUUCCUCCAGAGGUGCGACAGGAUGUGCAAUACAGUCUCCAUUCUCACGUCGCACAUUAGCCAUCAGCAUGGCCUUGCCGCAUCCUCCUACCCUCCCUGCUGUGCCCAUGCUCCCUCUAGCCACUUCUCCUGCUGCCUCUACCAUGCCUGCUCCUGCUGCACCCCGUUCUGCCCACCUCCCCAUGCUGUCUGCCCCAACCUAGCCUGAAGAACUCUGAGGCCUCUGCAUUCGCAGAGGCACUGGCAGAAGCAGCCGCUCCCAACAAUAGUUCCCCCUCCCAGUUCAGAGGCCCCUCCCACUCGCCCCCCUUCUUUCCCAUUGUAAAUAAAAUUACUGUUUACUCUUGUUUAAACUAAAAACUAUUUUGUUUAUUGGGAGGUGAGAGGAGGGAAGGGUUGGGAAUGGGAGGGAGAUGUGGACAGGAGACAGAAGCGACCCUACUGUGGGCCUGGGAGAACAUGUCCUUCAGGGCCUCCUGGAUGCACAGCCCAUUGUGGUGCGCCUGUCAGGUGGCGGCUGUGUGGGGUUGCUGAAAUGCCUGGCUCUCACCUGCCCUCCCCUUCGACUCCACUAUGUUGUGCAGCACACAACAUGCUGCCACAACCUCAGCGAUGUUCUGCUCACCCAUUUUGAGACGAGUGAGCAGACAACAGAAUCACUCCUUCAGCCGUCCAAAGGCAUGCUCAACCUGGUUCAGGUGGUGGUUGAAACAUUCCUGCCCAGGGUCCAUCCAUCCGGUGUACGGCCACAUCAGCCAGGGCAUGAGGGGGUAGGCCACGUCCCCCACAAUGAAGAGUGUCAUGCGGAUGUCCCCAGCCAUCAAUUCCUUCUGGGAAAAGAAAGUGCCUGCCUCCAUCCUGCGAUACAGGCUGGAGUUUCUCAGGAUGCAAGCGUAAUUUGCCUGACUGGACCACCCUGCAUAGAUGUCUGUGAAGCGGCCGCAUUGGUCCACGAGGGCCUGGAGCACCAUUGAAAAGUACCCUUCCGAUUGAUGAAAUGGUCUGCUCAAUGCUCCGGUGCCAGGAUGGGGAUGUGGGUCCCAUCAACGGCUCCCCUGCAGCUGGGGAACCCCAGGGCAGCAAAGCCAGCCACGGUUGCAUUCACCUCCCGCAGUCAGAUGACUCUCUUGAGCAGGAUGUCGUUGAUGGAGGGAGUGUGGGCUAUACUAGCAGAGAGAAAGAAAAGGGACAAGCCAGAACUGAGAGGCAAGAUCAAAUCAGUAUUUUAGAUGCCUAUAUACAAAUGCAAGAAGUAUAGGUAAUAAGCAGGAAAAACCGGAAGUGCUAAUAAAUAAAUACAACUAUGACAUUGUUGGCAUCACAAAGAUGUGGUGGGAUAAUAUACAUGAUUGGAAUAUUGGUAUAGAAGGGUACAGCUUACUCAGGAAGGACAGGUGGGGAAAAAAAGGAGGAGGUGUUGCCUUAUUAAAAAUGUACAUACUUGGACUGAGCUGGAGAUGGGCAUAGAAAAUGUGCAUGUUGAGAGUCUCUGGAUUAGGCUAAAAGGGGUAAAAAAACAAGGGUGAUGUCAUGCUAGGGGUCUACUACAGGCUG